AUGAAGACCGCACCUGUGUUCCUCGUCGUGCUGUUAUCCAUCAUUUGUGUCGUCCAUUGUAAGGACCUGAUUGUGGGCUCCAGUUUCAACAACAGACUCAUACACCAAGAAAAAGCCGAGUACAAUGCUAUCCCACUCAAGAAGCGAGUUAAAGAAGUAUUUUUCUCUGAUCCUGGACAACAAAUUAUCAAGGGUAUAAUCCUACGAGACUUGGACCAUACUGAGGCCAUUCCCAGUGUCACAGCUGGAGGAGUGGGCUUUUCUUACGCUAACAUCAGGCUGAAGAGCGAACGGGGCUCAGGACUCAACUACCAGGUCGAAAUUUACGUAUAA